AAAUAUUAACAUACAAAUAUCAGAGAAUGCUCAUCACGAAUUAUCCGCUGUAUGUGCGAUUAAUUGUCCUUUUUAUACGUUCAUCACGUGAAUGAAAAUAUUUUCUCCCAAAAAAACAGGUAUCCGGUCGUCGCGCUUUUCAUCUCUGGCCACUGCUUCACCUUUCAAAGACGAAACUUUCGAAGGUUUACGACGAAAUAAUAACAUCCCCCUCUGCGCGACUUUUUCCGUGACGUCAUUGGACGAAGAAAAACCAGAAGAAAAACUUGGAAUUCCAUAGCACGACUAGUACGUCUUGGGGCUCUUUGUACUAUUCUAGAAGCGAAAAUAUCUACGAAGGCGGUCGUCAGUCGUCGUCGAGGCAGCGUUCGCGUUUGUUACCGCAAAUUCUCCAACUAUCCGUGACGCGCAACGCGAUGUAAGUCGUACGUAAAUUCCGGAGCCUGCACCGAGAUAAGGCGUAGGAUCAUGCCGAGGGCCACCGAUCGGGAGAUGCCGAAACGGAAACGAUGCAAAAGGGACGUCGACAGGAUACAUUCCAAGAUCUUAAAGGCCAAGAAGAAAUUGGAUAACGAUGGGAAAAAUGGUGAGAAAGACAAACAAAGAAAGCAAGGGCAAGCAAAGAUUUGUACUAGGCUUCUGCCAAGAUCUGCUUUUGGGAUCUAUAGGAAUGGUACAAAGGGCAAAAACAUCUACAAAGAAACAUCGGAAAGUACAUUUGAUAGAGCUCGGCUAAAAGCAGAUGCAUUAAAAUUAUUUAAUGGCGACACUCCAGAAGUCAAAUAUACAGAAGGACCUUCAACCUAUAAUGAAACUACUGAACAAUUGGAAUCGAAUAAAGACUUUGUAAAAAAUAGUUUAAAAUUCUGGACACCAAACAGUAUCCUGGAGCAAAGUCCCGUUUUGAAAAGGAAACAAAGUAAAAAUCAGAAGUUGCAUCUUGCUAAAAAGAAAAAUGAAGAAAAUUUUUGUAAAAACUUAGAUUCUGAUAAAAUGGAAAAACAGAAUGUUAAUAAUGAAUCAAAAUAUAUUGAUAAAAAAAAAAAUAUGUAUAAGCAAAAAUUAUUUCAAAAUGAUAAGGAACAAUCAAAAUCUACUACCACUCAGACAGAAAUGUUUGAUAAUUUUGUGGAAGAAAAUGGAGUAAAUGAGGACAAAAUACAACAAACACAUAGGGAUGAUAAAAAUAUAUCUAAGGCAUUGAAUCAUUAUAAAGACCUAUGUAAAAUGAUCUCUGAUGUAAAUUUUGGAGGAGACUUUUUACAAAAUUAUCAAUCAGAUCCUCUUACAACAACAAUUAAAAAACUGAAAUGUACUUAUUCUAAUUCUUUACGUCAACGAUAUUUACGUGAAAAAAAUAAAUUAGAAACCGUAAAAUCAUCUGCAUUGUCUGUAGAAAACCAAGCUUGUACGUAUUCAGAUGCUUCGCAAAUGUCACCAGCCAUCGAAUAUGAAGUUCCUAAAUGUAGCGAAAAUCGCACGAUCUCACCUUUUUUACUGGAAGAUAUACCUGAGCAAGAUGACAAAAUCCAUUCGAUGCAAAGUGAUAAUGUAGAGCCUUAUGAUUCUAUAUCCUGUUUAUCGCAGACUUUGGAAACAUAUGAUAUAAAUGACUGUAUUAUAAGAAAUCGCAAGAAUGAUGAUAAUCAGUAUUCAAAACAAUCAGCACAUAUUUAUCAAUCUCCGAGAACAGUAAAUUCUGUGAAUGAAAAAGAUUCUAUCCAGAAGCAUUAUAUUAAUCAUCCUUCGAAAAAUAAACGACAUAACAAAAAUAAUCUUUAUGUCGAUUUUUCUGAUCAUGAAAAUUUACAAUGUAUUGAUAACAGGAAACACGCAGAAAUUUUGACUUUUUCAAACGAUUUGUUACUCGCCGAGAAAUAUUUAUCAAGAGAUACUUGUGAAAAAUCGCCAAUUAAUUUCUCCAACAGAGUAAUAAAUAAGUGCAAUGCAAAGAAUGUUAAACGACCUGUCAUUCAUAGAUAUAAUCAUGUCACUGCUAUGAAGGAUAAUCACUCUGCCCAGAAAAAUGAUGAUUUAUUUUAUAAAAUGAACUAUGCAGAAAAAUUAUACAAGCAAUUUGGAAUCAAUAUAAAUAAUAAAAGAGAUAAUGAGAGACAUGCUUAUGUUGAUUCUUUUCAUCAACAAAAGAAUAAACAAGAAUUGGAAACUGUGAAAUUACCUGAUUUGUCUAUGAAAUAUCAGGCUUGUUCAGAUGUUUCACAAGUAUCAUCGACUUCAUUCUUUAAAAUCGAUAGUGAAAUUCCUAAAUAUAGAGAAAAUCACACAAUCGCAUUUCCUUUAAUAAAAGACACAUCUCAGAAGGAAAAUAAAUUCCAUUGGAUGCAAAAAAGGAUAACUCCUUACAACGAUAUUACAAAAGAAUCUUAUGAAGCACAAUUUCCAAAUGGAGCUAAAAAUUUUCCUACACCUAGUAUAAUAAAUUCACAAUUUUUUCAUGAUGGAACGAAAAUGUUUAAACCUCGGAUUGAAUCAAUGAACAUGGAAGAUUCACAGGAAUCACUAAUGAAUAUAAAAGAGUCACAAGAAUCACUAAUAGAAAAAUUUGAUUUAAAUAUGCAUUCCAAUAAAUUGACUGGAAGAAACAGAGUAUGUCGAUUCGAUGACUCUUUGCAGACUUUCGAAACUUUAUAUAAUACAAAUGCAUAUACCGAACGAACUCGAGGACGAGAACAAGUUUUGUCGAAGGUAAAAAACCAACUUUUUCAUUCACAUAAUUAUCAUGCAAUUAACUUGCGAGACGCAAAUUCUUGUAAUUUCAAUAUAAAAUCAACGAAAUUACCAGCUCAACAAGCCAAAUUACAUAUAUGUGAAAACAACGAUGCCAAGCAAGAACUUUUGGAAAAAAGUCUGCAUAAUCGGAACAAAAAUAUUCUCUUCAACGCAAAAGCGAUUCCGUCCUCGACAUUAAAUUUCUCUCAGAUUAUUCAACCUGACCAAAGAUUUAGAGAAUCUACAUGUAAAGAAAUAUUUAACAAAGCAGACGUAGAAUGCGCUAAGAAUCAAAUUGACUUAAAUCAUUGUAAUGAACAGUAUAUUUAUUUGGAUUCUACCAGAUGUCAACAUAAUGCCUCGCAAGAGCAUCAUUUUCAUAAGGGAGCUGUGCAGACGAUAGUGCAGCCCAGAAUUUUACACGAAGAUCGCGAUAACAAGAUGGAUAAUUGCAUUAAUUUAUCCACUGAUGUGUCAUUAUUGUUAGUGGAGCCAAAAAAAAAUUCUGCAUAUACGUACCCGAAAAUGAUCGACGAUCAGCAUCACUCUGUGCAAAAUAUCACUCAGCCUAUAAAAUAUGUAGCUGUAAACAACAAUUCAGAUAUCCAACGAAUUCCCAUAUAUAUAAGUGAUAAUAGUAUUAGAGAAAAUGUUCCACUAGAAAUAAUAACUCUAGUAAAACCAAAUGCUCAAACAGAAGAACUGUAUUUCCACAAGAAAUAUCAUUUAUGCAAGCAGUAGUAUCGCAAACUGAAUAAUUUGUAAUUUUGCUAGUCUUGUAACAUGUAAGGAUAGUAAUCAAUCUUUUGUAAAACAUUUAAACAUUUGUAAACAUUUUUUUCUGUCAUAGUUUACUUUAACUCGCAAUCUAUUAUUUAGAACUUUUUCAAAAUUCUAAUAAGAAUAAGUGUGCAAUCAUCAUAAUGUGAUUUAUCAUAAAGUACAAAGCAAUGCAAGCAUUAAUUAUUUUUGAAGAAACAGAUUGCAAAGUACAAGUGCUUGUUAAGAUUAAAGUUAUAUUUAGAAAGGCAAGAAAUCUAUACGCUUAUAAAAUUAGUUAUUCUAUUUUGUGAAAACGUAAGAAAAGAGCCUGAAUAGAAGCAAUAUAUUUUUGUAAAUACCUUGUAGAAAGGAUGUGUUUGAGAUGAAGCUUAAUAUAAUUUAUAUAAAAAUUCUCCCUUAUUCAUCUGUCUAUGCAUACGAGCUAAUAUCAGAUAU